AUGACAAUCUUCCCACGACUAGCACGACUGGGUAUAUUACAGUUUACUGGGAGUGCGCGUUGCGAGGCUUGGUGUCAGUUGGUGAGAGCCAUGCUAGUCGGGCUACCCCCACCGUUAUGCCGUUGCAAGGCUUCAGCAGCCAAACGGCAGCCGGCCAUGCAACAACCGGGGCCUGGAAGAGGUGUGCGGCAGACGCUGCCCCUGGCCAGUGCUGUAUCAACAGCUGCGCUACAGGGCUCAUCCUCAGGGUUCGCGGCAGACGCAUGGCUCCCCCCUUGGCUGAAGGCUACCAGGGAGGAGGGGUCGUUGGCUUCCCCGAAGCCCCCUUCUGUCUGCAGAGGCUGCACUGCUGGUUGGUACGGAGGUACUGAGGUCCUGGGUGCUGUCGUUGGAGGAGGGAGACUACGGAGUACGAUACUCGGCCAGCUGAACAGAAUGCAGAGGAGAAACAGCAGCCAGCAGGAGGACAGGAAAGCAGGAAAGCAGGAGACCAGGAGAGCAGAACAGAGGACGAUACAGUAG